AUGGUCUCAAUCACGAACGCGAAUGUAUGGCUCUACUUGGGCCUCGCCAUUUGCCUAAGUGCAAUUACAUAUCUGAGCCUCAGUCAGCGGCAGAAACAAGUUGUAUUCGAGCGGUUGAGACUCAGAGGACGUCGUGCAUCUAGUGCCAACACACCACCACGCUCACUCUCGCCGGACAAGAAACAACCGACCAACACUCCUCUCAAGGCCUCUGAAUAUGUCAACAGCUUUCCACCACUGAUCCGGGACAACCUGGCCGAGGUCAUCAACAAACUUCCCGAUGGCAGACGCAAUGCCCUCGGUGAUCUCGAAUUCGACGAAAAAAAUUGGUCAAAGUCCAUCCUCGGGUUUGAAGAGGACUUCCGAACAUGUGACCCCAACAAAUACAUCUACACGGGAGUGAAGGUCCAGGAGGUGCGGGCUCUAGGAGACUUUCCGGACUACUCUGUUCUAAGCGGAGUACCUCUCCCUAAACCAUACCUCGAGCAUGACAUCAACAAGGCGCUGCCACGGCCAUAUCGGCCGUUUCGCUGGGCCUAUCAUCAGACAAUGUCUUUGACCAAAAUGGAACCUGACUGGUGGCUCGAACUCGAGAAUACGUACGUCGAACGAAUCGCAGAACGCAAACGACUGUAUGCCGAACACGGCGAAUCCAUCCUAGCCUGGCUUCCGGGCUCGGAACUUGCGUGCAAAGAACUGAUGGAGAUGUCGUUGCAAUUCCUGUGCGCUCGGUACCCGCAAUAUUUUGUCCUACAUGACGACAACAAGACGUUUGAAAACCGAAUCCUCGGCACGAAGCAGGAUGUCAGCGUCAAACAUCCUUUACUUGUCAUGCUGGACAACAUACCCGAAGAUUUCGCCCUGAUGCUGCGGAACCCGGAGACCGGGUAUUACCAUUUGCGGGCGGGGAUGAUCUGCUCGGCGCUGGGUUGGAACGUGGGCACUAAGAUUGGCCUCCAGCUGCAUGAGAUCCACGCCCCGAUUCCGGAUUACAAGGAGAAGAUGCAAUUCAGUAUGGAUCGAUUCUUCACCAAAAUGCCCGCCCAGAAACCCAUUCAACGCGGCUCUUGGGGUCUGGAAGUCGACAAACCUCUCUACAUGCCACCCGGCGACCCGCACGAAAAGUACCGCGACUUCCAGUGUCCCGACCUCGACCCGUCUCGUGUCCAUCUCCGCGUCGACUGGCAGACGCUGCGUCGGCUACCGCUGUCUGGCGCGGUGGUGUUCAACUUCAAAGCGCUGUUCACACCACUGUCCGAAUUCCGCGACGAGCCGUACAUUCCGAGUUUGGUGCUCAAAGUGAUGCGUGAGGGCAAGGAAAAUCUCAUGAAGUACAAGAACACAUGGCAUGUGGAACAUGUCGUCAUUCCCACGCUGGAAGAGUUUGAGCGCGAACAGAUUGCAAAGGGGCUCGUCGAGAAGGAUUGGCAGCAUCAUACGUUGGAUGAAAGUCCUUAUUUUCCUGGAUGGCGGGACAAAUGGCUUAGACAGCAGGGGUAUGGUGGACCUGGGUCGAGCCCUGCUGGGGUUGAUGGUCCGAUUCCUAUCUCUGUCGAGACUUAG